AUGGGGAGGAGACGGGAGGAAGGCCAGGAUGGGAGGGAGGGAUCGGGAGUGAGGCUGUGCGAGUUGCUGCAGGCAGGGGGGGUGAGUGUCAGACCCCUGGGAAAGCACUUAGCCAUCUCCCUGCCCUCGCUUCCCCUGCGUCUCUGGGAUACACACACCACACACACCGCACACUCCACACACCUUGAACCCACACGCACACACCCUCCCCCUCCCCCACCCCCUCUGCCCUCUCCUCCUGCCCCAUCUUCCCCCCUGGAAGCCUCUGGGCAAAGGAAACCUCUCACGCCUCUCUGGCAGCCCCCUCAGCCUCAUUCCACCGCCGGUGCCGCUCAGCAUUGGCCGAGGCCCGAAGCUGCCGGCGACAGCGGCACACGUCAUUGGUCCUCCUGGAGUUUGGACCGCCCCGACGCCGUGGUGACGCCGUAUGACACGCCCCCGGACCGAUGUGUCCCCAUCAGGCCGCAGACCACCAGUCAGCACUACAGCUACAGUUGCCAGUCCUCUCCAGGGCACUAUAGCUCCCAGCAUGCCCCGGGGCAAAAGGGGGAUCCCUGCUGUGACUGCGAAGAGGCUGAGCUGUCUGAGCUUGACUCCCUUUACCAGGCCAGUCUGCUGGCUGGAAAGACAGGCUGCAGCCCAUCAGAGAGGCUCAUAUCAAGGGUGGGAGGCCAGGCUCGCUCCAAGACCCCCAACGCAGACAUGGAGAGGAGUGUGUACGGAGCGGGCUGCACCCCCACCUACCUCAACAAGCCAAUGAUGUUGCGGGAUCUGCGUUUUGGGGUGGAGCCCGAUGAUGGGGAAAACCUGAGACCAAUCGGACGCAGUCUGAGCGGCACAUUGGUGACCUCGCGCCGCAGCCGCCUGACUGCAACCCGCAGCUUUGAGCUGCCGGGCGGCGCAGGGAGCUUCUGGUUGUGUCUGACAGGCGUCAAGCUGCCUUCUGACCAGAAGGACCUCCCCGUGCAGUCAGCCUGGCGAGCGUGCCGCUUUAGUGGCAUCGUUGGCUUGAUCGCUCACUUGGACCGGGUCCGACGGGGACCUGAGCUCUCGGCAGACUUGUCCUCCAUCAUACGGGACCCUCAGCUCAGGGGGAGACUCUUACCAAGUAGCUACGCCUCUUCCUCUUUCUUCACGGGCGUUUCCUGUUGGACGCACACAAAGCAGAACUGGGGAGAAACGGUAGCACCAGAAACGGGCCAACGGGGGAGGAAGGCGGUGAAGGAGUGA